AUGCCAGGCGCUAACAAAUCUACAAAGACGAUGUGUGGAAUAGAUAAGUUCUACGUUGCUUAUUUCUUAAUGCAUAUUCCCAUUACUUUGAUUAUCGACUCAUGUAUAAUAAUUCCAGAGGAACAAAGAUUUCAAUUUCAAAAACAAUUCUUGGAGUUCCAUAUUUCUAGCAACAAGGACUUUUUGCUUGUUAGCUUGCCACUUUGGUUAAAGGUAUUUGGUCUUUUUGAAUUAUUUGUUCAAUUGCCAUUCUUUGCAAUUGGGGCUUAUAUGCUCGUGAAGCAGAUGAAACAAGUGUAUCCAUACAUGUUGAUCUAUGGAUUCAAUGCAUCAUUUACAACAUUGGUGUGCUUGGUACAUAUCUUCUGCGACUACGAGAGAUUCGGCUUGACUACGGGCGAGUCUUAUAAACUAGCGGCGUUAUAUAUUCCAUACUUAGUUAUCCCCCUUGUGAUGUUGGUGGACUAUUCAAUAAGAAUAAACAAGUCCAUAAAGGCUCACAUUCCUCCAACUAAAAAGAACAUAUAG